GAUCGUGGCAACACUCGAUCGUGACUCACAAUCUUGACUAGCAACUGCCCUCGCUACACUUGCGACGCUGGCGUCAUCGUCAUUUGACUGGAGCUGCCAGUCGGAGACCCUGUCACCACCCGAAAGACUCACUGACUGACUCUCAAGUGGAACGAUCCAGGUCCUGAGCGGUCAGUGGCCAGGGCUAAUCACGUCAAAACUCGCGACACAGGCAGCACCUCGCACACAGCAAUCAUGACAAGUCCCUCCCGUCCGUGGGAACCAGCGACGCAGCAUCCUUUGCUGCGCAUCCCAGUUCCGGCGUCCUUUCUUCUAAGUCCCUCUUACUGCAUUCCGACGCUGCUUCUACGAUUCCCACCCGCCCUUUUCCCAGAUUUGGACGCUCUCGCUCGACAAGAUCUGGUGCGCGAAUGGCAACAUCUCAAGCCUGACGAGGACGAGGUGGUCAGAGUGCUCGGCGAUGGUGCAAAGGGCAUAAAGUGGGACGAGGUGGAUGUUGAGAGUCCGGUAGGAUGGAGUCUUGCAAGGCUCAACUUGAAUUUCGAGACUCAGGACAGCUACACGACUGCACAAUCUACGAGCCAAACAGUUGUGGCUCAAGAUGGAUCCACAUUCAAGGUGUCGUCAGAUACCGAUGUCGCGAGCGCCAGCACGUCUCAGUCUACCGACUCCUUGAAGGUUCCGCUGGCAUUAGAAAGACGAGUGCUGCUGGUGCGGCUCAAGCAACUCGACCCAGCAGCGCUAGGCUCAGACGAGAGGUACGACGAUGAGACACUCCCUAUUCAGCUCAACGCCAGGUACCUGCCCGCAUUUUCUGCUCAAGAAGACACUCCGUCAAAGUCCGCGACGGGAAGCGCAGAACAUGCCUCAGGCUGGCUCAAGCAGAUGUGGAAUGUUGUGCGAGACCCCAAGAAGGGCAACUACCUUGAUGUCGAGAUCAGAAGACCCGAAUUCAUUUGGGAAUGCGGCGAUGGCGUGGAUAAGGAUGUUGAAGCAGGCUCCCAAGCAAUCCUAGACGAGGAGGCACUCAGCGAGGAAUUCGGGGUAUGGUCAGCAAGCACCGCCGACCUGCUCCCAUCUCCUUACGCCCAUUUCAACAUUCACUCGUCCAAACUCCAGAACACCUCGACGUCCGUGCUGCGCCUAACAAAGUCAUUUCACGGCGAAGGUGUGGCACCCAGGUUCCAUCUCGCCUUGCCAGCCGGAGAUAGCGAUCUCUACGAGCUUGUCAGAGAUAUGACGGUUGGAAUCACCAUUUUGGCGACUGUUUGGAUCCUCCUCAGCUUCAGUAAGACGAUGAGGCGGGUCAAGACAGCCGAGAGGAAAGCGGAGAGGAGAGCAAAGGGAAAGACUUUGUAAUGCUAAUGUCAAAUCGAGUCAACUUAGGUCGCGCCCCUGUCUCUUCGAUUUGACCAUGCAUCGACGCUCACGAGGUGGGCAUCGGCAGCUGCAGCGACAAGAGCUGCAGCGAGACUUGGUCUGACCAGUCCUCCACACACAACUCGCACACCUGCUUGCGAUCACUCUGGCUCAAUAGUGUCAAGCAAAAGCCACUCCUGAAUCUUGAAUCUGAUUUGGUUGUGAUUCGUUC